CGGAGCUGUAGUGCGCGCCUGUGCGCAGCUGGAGCCAUGAGCCCGCGCGGAGCCGCCUGCCUGCUCCUGCAGCUGCUGCUACAGCUGUGGCCCGGGCGGGGCGCGCAGCCGGUCCCCCAAGUUUUUGAUCUUCUUUCAUAUCCCAAUCAGAGACUUCUAAGAAACUUUCUACAACAAACACUUGCUGAUCCUACAUUGAAUGAAGUGUACCUGCUCUCAACAUUCAAAUUGCAACCAAAGAGUACAGCCACCAUAUUUGGCCUAUACUCUUCACUUGAGAAUAGCAAGUAUUUUGAAUUCACAGUGAUAGGACGGCUGAAUAGAGCUGCCCUCCGUUAUUUGAGGAGUGAUGGAAGGUUAAACUCUGUGAUCUUCAACAAUAUCCAGCUGGCUGACGGGAAACGCCACGCAGUCCUCUUGAGGCUGAGCGGCCUGCACAGGGGAUCAAGCAAAGUAGAAAUGUAUGUGGACUGCAUGCAGGUGGAUGUCAUUCAGGAUCUACCAAAAGCAUUUUCAGGUCUAUCGCAGAGUCCAGAAUUUGUGGAAUUACGUACUCUACAGAGAAAGGCACAGGACAUUUUGGAUGAGCUCAAGCUGGUUGUGAGGGGCUCCCUUUCCCAAGUAGGAAGUCUUCAAGAUUGCUUUCUUCAGCAGAUUGAGCCUGCAGUUCAGUACACAGGUGAUUUCAAUAGGCAGUUAAUGAGUCAAAUGAUGCAAAUGAACCAAAUACUGGGAGAUGUGAAAGACCUUCUCAGACAGCAGGUGAAGGAAACAACUUUUCUGAGAAAUACCAUAGCUGAAUGCCAAGCAUGUGGUUUAGGACCUAUGGACUUUCCAACUUCACCCCCUCGUCCUCCCAAACCCAGAUGUGAAGCCACCUCCUGUUUCAGAGGAGUCAGGUGCACAGAAACAGCAGAUGGAUUUCAGUGUGGUCCCUGCCCUGAAGGGUUCACAGGAAAUGGAGUUACGUGCUCAGAUACUGAUGAGUGCCGCUAUAACCCAUGUUUUCCUGGGGUUCAAUGUGUGAACAGUGUCCCCGGUUUCAGAUGUGAGGCUUGCCCCCCUGGAUAUAAAGGGCAGACAGUCCAGGGGGUAGGAAUCAACUAUGCCAAGAACAAUAAGCAGGUCUGCUCAGAUAUUGAUGAGUGUAAUAAUGGUGGAAAUGAAGUGUGUGUUCCCAAUUCCCACUGUAUAAACACCUUGGGGUCUUAUCGCUGUGGACCAUGCAAAACUGGAUACGUGGGAGACCAGAUCAAGGGAUGCAAUGCUGAGAAAAGCUGCAGAAAUCGAGCACUGAACCCAUGCAGUAUCUAUGCACAGUGUAUUGAGGAGAGGCAAGGAGAUGUUUCAUGUGUUUGUGGUAUUGGUUGGGCUGGUGAUGGUUAUAUCUGUGGAAAGGAUGUAGAUAUUGAUGGCUAUCCUAAUGAAGACCUCACAUGCUCUGCUGACACCUGCAGAAAGGACAACUGCAGAUUUGUUCCAAACUCUGGACAAGAAGAUGCAGACGGUGAUGGAAUAGGAGAUGCCUGCGAUGAUGAUGCUGAUGGAGAUGGAAUACCUAAUGAACAGGAUAACUGUGUUUUAAUCCCUAACGUUAACCAGAAGAAUAGUGAUCAAGAUAUCUUUGGGGAUGCUUGUGAUAACUGUCGUACAGUGCCGAAUAAUGACCAGAAGGACACAGACGGUGACGGGAAAGGAGAUGCCUGUGAUGACGACAUGGAUGGAGAUGGUAUUAAGAACCUUUUGGACAACUGUCAGAGGAUCCCCAACCAGGACCAAAAGGAUGAGGAUAAUGAUGGUGUUGGUGAUGCUUGUGACAGCUGCCCUCGUAUCAGCAACCCCAACCAGUCAGACAUUGACAAUGACCUGGUUGGAGAUUCUUGUGAUACCAAUCAAGACAGUGAUGGAGAUGGACACCAGGACAGCACAGACAACUGCCCCACAGUCAUUAACAGCUCUCAGCUGGACACAGAUAAGGAUGGGCUAGGCGAUGAAUGUGAUGAUGACGAUGAUAAUGAUGGAAUUCCAGACCUCAUUCCCCCAGGCCCUGACAACUGUAGGCUUGUUCCCAACCCAGGACAGGAAGAUGAGAACACUGAUGGUGUUGGUGAUAUCUGUGAGUCUGAUUUUGAUCAGGACACAGUAAUUGAUCCGAUUGAUGUUUGCCCAGAGAAUGCAGAGAUCACCCUCACGGAUUUCAGGGCUUAUCAGACAGUGGUGCUGGAUCCUGAAGGUGAUGCUCAGAUCGAUCCUAACUGGGUGGUUCUAAACCAGGGUAUGGAAAUUGUGCAGACCAUGAACAGUGAUCCUGGCUUGGCAGUUGGUUACACCGCUUUUAAUGGCGUUGACUUCGAAGGCACCUUCCAUGUCAACACGGUGACAGAUGAUGAUUAUGCUGGUUUUAUCUUCGGUUAUCAAGACAGUUCCAGCUUUUAUGUAGUCAUGUGGAAGCAAACAGAGCAGACCUACUGGCAAGCAGCUCCGUUCAGAGCUGUUGCGGAACCUGGCAUUCAGCUUAAGGCUGUGAAAUCAAAGACUGGCCCAGGAGAACACCUCAGGAACUCACUCUGGCAUACAGGAGACACCACUGACCAAGUCAAACUGCUGUGGAAAGACCCCAGAAAUGUAGGGUGGAAAGAUAAAGUCUCCUAUCGCUGGUUCUUGCAGCAUAGACCUCAGAUGGGAUAUAUCAGGACAAGGUUUUAUGAAGGUUCUGAACUAGUAGCAGAUUCUGGCGUAACGAUUGACACCACUAUGCGUGGAGGGAGACUCGGCGUUUUCUGCUUCUCUCAGGAAAACAUCAUUUGGUCCAACCUGAAGUAUCGCUGCAAUGACACCAUCCCAGAGGACUUUGAAGAAUUUCAAGCUCAGCAGUUUGGAGUUGGAGAUAUUUAACAAAGAAAGCAAACUAAAAUUGCUAUGGAAAACAGCAAAGCAAUAUAUUUUAAAUCCUUAUAUGAUUUUGUAAGAAUACACUGCAGCUUAUUUUGGUUGA